AUGACAUCCCUAGAAUUGCAACCGUCCUCCUCGAGGGCGGCUGGACACACGGAGCCGGUCGUGCAGGCCGAGCAGGCCGAAAAUCACACCUCCAAGACCGACAUUGAUCUGGUCGAGUCUGCAGGAGCCGGCCAGGCUGCCACCUAUGAAGAAUCGUUGGCGGCUCGUCUCCCCAAGGCCCAUCGAGACUAUCUCCUCGAGCGACAUGGCACACUGAACCUCGAUCCCAUUCCCGGAAUGGGCCCGGCUGACCCUUACAACUGGCCUGAAUGGAAGAAAAUGUCCAAUCUCAUCCUCGUAGCAUUCCACGCCUGCAUGGGCACUUUCACCGCGGCUGCCAUUAUCCCCGCCUAUUCCGACAUUGCCGCAGAGUUGGACUGCAGCUUGCAACGGGCGAGUUACCUCACCAGUCUGCAAAUUGCCAUCCUUGGUGGGGCCCCCCUGUUCUGGAAACCGCUGUCCAACCGUUUCGGACGCCGGCCCAUCUUCCUCCUUUCCCUAAUUUGCAGUCUGGUGUGUAACAUCGGCUGUGCAAAGAGUACCACUUAUGCAUCACUCGCGGCAUGUCGGGCCCUCGUGGCCUUCUUCAUCUCGCCGGCUUCGGCAAUUGGCAGUGCGAUCGUGAUGGAGACGACCUUUAAGAAGGACCGUGCAAAGUACAUGGGUGUCUGGACCUUGAUGAUCACCCUGGGUGUCCCAAUUGGCCCGUUCAUUUUUGGCUUCGUGACAUACCGCGCAGGUUACCACUGGAUCUACUGGAUCUUGGCUAUGAUCAAUGGUGGCCAGUUUAUCUUGUACUUGUUCCUUGGACCGGAGACUCGCUACCUUGGUAGCGGUGUUGACAGUCAAACUGCCGACUGGAAGAGGGAGUACAUGUCGGUUCGUCGCAUCGAUCCUACUCCCAUGACGGCGUACGAGUUCGUGCAUCCCCUGACUCUGGCCCGGCAUCCUUCUAUCAUGAUACCCACCUGCGCAUAUGCGAUGGUAUUCCUGUUCGGUAGUAUUCUCGCGACUGUCGAGGUGCCGUCUUUGCUUCAGGCCAAGUUCGAACUGAACGCUGAGCAGCUGGGUCUGCAGUUCCUGGGUGUAAUCAUCGGAUCCGUCAUCGGCGAGCAAAUGGGUGGUCGUAUGUCCGAUUUCUGGAUGAGUCGGCGCUCAAUGCGUCUGGACCGUAAGGCAGAGCCCGAGUUCCGAUUAUGGCUCAGCUACUUCGGCUUUGCCUUGACCAUCAUUGGUUUGAUUGUCUUCCUUGUGUGUACGCAAGAGGCGACCACCGGCCACUGGAACGUGUCGCCCAUCAUUGGCACGGCUAUUGGUGCGGUCGGUAACCAGCUGGUGACGACCGUCAUGAUGACAUAUGCCAUUGACUGCUUCCCUCAAGAGGCUGGCAGCAUUGGUGUGUUCAUCACCUUUGUCCGACAGAUCUGGGGUUUUAUUGGACCCUUCUGGUUCACUUCUAUGUUCGACAAUGUUGGAAUUGCCCCAAGUGCAGGCAUUGGGUCGGCUCUGGUCGUUGGCUGCAGUGUAAUUCCCACUAUCUUCCUCCAAUGGCGGGGUCAGAAAUGGCGUCAACGAGACGGCGAGUAA